AUGAAGUCGCUCUUCGUUUUCGUCGCCAUUGGCAUCAUUGCCGUAUCUGGUCUUUCUCUGGAACAGUUGAAGAACAAGUUUGCUAAAGAUGAACCUGCAACAAGCUCAACGAAUGAUCGAGCUGACGUUUCCACAAGUCUGCAGGAUCUCCUCGCCAAGCUGGGAAAGACUGCUGGGCAAGUAACCGAGAAUGUGCAAAAGCCCGUCUUUACCGUGGAAAACCCCUUCGCCGCAAUAGAUAACAACACCAAAAACACAACGGCACCCACUAAUAUGAAGAAAGCUUAUCCAUAUCCGACUACGUAUUAUCCACCCGUUCAGCAACCAGUCUUCCCUACCUAUAAUGCAUUUGGAAGCGUACCACAAUACCCUACCUACCAAUAUGGCUCUCCGACCACAUACCAAUACGGUACAACGCAACCAGUCUACGGCAACACUGCCCCAACUUACAACACCUAUGGAACAACUGGAACUACCUUUAACCCUUACGGUUCAAAUACGUAUCCGACUUACAACCCUUACGGAACAACAGCCCCAGUUUACAAUCCGUACGGCACGCCUACGACUACUACCACUAACAGCGGUAUUUUUUAUCUUGAUCCCGAAAACAAGCAAUACGUCGUACAGUCCAGCGGAUCCUUACAAGACUCUAGCUCCGGAACCGUCUAUCCAUCUGAUGCCCAAGGCAACCGAAUCAUCCCAAAUUAUGGAGGUUACGGAGGACCGUACACAGUAGACACAAACGGCAACACCUUUAUAACUUUAGACGACGGCCGGCGUUAUCAAGUCGCAGACGUAAACGGUAUUCCUUACUACACUGACUUACAGACCAAACAACAACAUUACAAAGACGCAAAUGGUAAUAAGGUUUAUGUAAACGUAGAUGGUUCGAAGACUUACGUUCAAAACGGAAUCACUUAUACAAUUAAUGCUGAUGGUACAACAAGUUACGUACAAAAUGGAAUUACUUAUACAGUUAACGCAGACGGGACAACAAGUUACGUACAAAACGGAAUUACUUAUACAGUAAACGCUGAUGGUACCACAAAUUACGUACAAAACGGAAUUACGUAUACAGCAAACGCAGACGGAACAACAUCGUACGUUGACCCAACCACCGGAAUACGGUACACCAUUGACUCUACUGGUCAGAAGUAUUAUAUCGGAUCCAAUGGACAAAGAAUCGACGUGGACGCCAACGGAAACGAAAGAUUUGUCCAGAACGGAAUUACAUACGUCAGAACUCCAGACGGAACCGUAUCCUAUGUAAAUCCUUCAGACAACAUCACUUACUACAUUGGUACAGAUGGUCGUACAUACAAGCUUGUCAAUAAUAUACCCUACUACUCUAACGGCGACGGAACCUUCUACUACACAGACGCAAACGGUACAGUAAUCAAUGUUGACCAAAACGGAAUAGAAAGCUACACCCAGAACGGAACAACAGUAUAUUUCAAUCCGAAUGACGGAAGCCAGUACACUACGGAUAAUGUUGGCAACAUUUAUGGUCAGAACAACGACGGUAGCCAAUAUAUCAUUGACCGCAACGGAUGCAGAUACAACGUUGACGUAAACGGCGGAACCAAUUUGGUGACCAACGUAGGAAGCUGUCCUGCAACCUUCUCUGGUUAA